CAUAUCUGUCACGUGACCAAAAUCGACUUUUCUGUGUGUAGAGAUUUUGAGCCACGAGGUUUGAAGAAUUUUUAACCAUAGAAAAUAGUGCACGUAAUUACGUUACGGUGCAAAAUUGAAGAUGCCGUCAAGCAAUCCUCUACCGCCCAAAGAAAACGCAUUGUUCAAACGAAUUUUGAAAUGUUACGAGCACAAACAGUAUAAAAACGGUUUGAAAUUUGCCAAACAAAUUCUAUCAAACCCGAAAUUCACGGAACAUGGAGAAACGCUUGCUAUGAAAGGUUUAACACUGAAUUGUUUGGGCCGUAAGGAUGAAGCGUAUGAGUAUGUACGACGAGGUCUUCGAAACGAUCUUAAAUCGCACGUAUGUUGGCACGUUUAUGGUCUGUUACAACGUUCCGAUAAAAAAUACGAUGAAGCGAUUAAAUGUUACCGAAAUGCUUUAAAAUGGGAAAAAGAUAAUAUACAAAUCCUUCGAGAUUUAUCACUAUUGCAAAUUCAAAUGAGGGAUCUCGAGGGAUACAGGGAAACCAGAUAUCAACUAUUAAUGUUAAGACCGACUCAAAGAGCAUCGUGGAUAGGUUAUGCAAUGUCAUUUCAUUUAUUAGAGGAGUAUAAAAACGCGCUGAGUAUUCUUGGAACGUUUUUAGAUCAACAACAAAAAGGGACAAACUUUGAUUACGAGCACAGUGAACUUCUUCUUUAUCAAAACCUAGUCAUUCAAGAAUCGGGUGAUUUAAUGCAAGCGUUCGCGCAUCUUGCGUCAAAUCAGGACCAAAUCGUCGAUAAGCUAACAUUAAACGAGAAUUUAGCCGAUCUUAAUCUCAGAUUGGCUAAUUUCGAAAAAGCUGAAGAGCUUUAUGAGCAACUAAUCAAAAGAAAUCCAGAAAAUACGUUUUAUUAUCGGCGACUAAUCGAAGCGAAACAACUCAAAAACACCGAAGAUAUCCUCGAUUUGUAUAAAUGUUUAUCGGAGGUGUAUCCACGAGCGAUGCCUCCACAACGUUUACCGUUAACAAUCGCGAAUGAGACGCAUUUUAAACGAUUGGUUGAUCGGUACUUAAGGAAGGGGUUAAGAAAAGGAAUUCCACCUUUAUUUGUUGAUAUGUGCUCGCUUUACCAGGAUAAAUGGAAAGCGGAAGUGAUCGAAGAACUUAUGUUGCAAUACGUAGCGACUUUAAAAUCAAGCGGGAAGUUUCCUCCGACACCGGAAACAACGACUAAUAAUGGUCCUCGUGAGCCGGCUUCCGCUUUACUUUGGGUUUAUUAUUAUUUAGCGCAACAUUACGAUCAUUUAAAAGACACCAAAAAGGCGUUACAAUAUAUCGACGCAGCUAUUGAACACACACCCACGUUAAUCGAACUUUAUGUUACCAAAGGAAGGAUUUAUAAGCAUGCCGGAGAUCCAUUAGAAGCUUAUAAAUGGUUAGAUGAGGCUCAAGGUUUAGACACAGCGGAUAGAUACAUUAACUCAAAAUGUGCGAAAUACAUGUUACGAGCUAAUAAAGUAAAAGAGGCGGAAGAUACGUGCGCGAAAUUUACUAGGGAAGGUGUUUCCGCGAUGGAAAACCUCAACGAGAUGCAAUGCAUGUGGUUUCAAACGGAAUGUGCCCUCGCUUAUCAACGCGACGGGAAAUACGGGGACUCUUUGAAAAAGUGUCACGAAAUAGAUAGACAUUUUUCUGAAAUUAUUGAAGAUCAAUUCGAUUUUCAUACAUAUUGUAUGAGAAAAAUGACGUUAAGGUCGUACGUUGGAUUAUUAAGGCUCGAAGAUGUUCUUAGAGGGCAUCAAUUUUAUUUCAAAGCGGCCAGAUGCGCAAUCGAGGUUUAUUUACAUUUGUUUGAUGAACCUUUAAAAGAUGAAUGUGCAGACCAAGAAUUAAAUACAGAAAACUUAGCACCAUCCGAAUUAAAAAAGCUUCGUAAUAAACAGCGUAAAGCUAAGAAAAAAGCCGAACAAGAAAGCGCCCAAGCUGCUCAAUUACAAGUUAAAAGAGAUCAACAUCACAAAUCAAAACAACAAGGGGAUGUUGAAGCUGAUACGCCUUUAUUGGAUGAGCUUAUUCCUGAGAAAUUAGCCAAAGUUGAGGAACCUUUAGAACAAGCUGUUAAGUUUCUUCAACCAUUACAAACUUUAGCCAAGGAUAAUAUAGAAACUCAUUUAAUGGCUUUUGAGGUUUAUUAUAGAAAAAAAAAAGAUUUAUUGAUGCUUCAAUCGAUUAAAAGAGCAUUCAAAUUAAAUCCAAACAACCCGAAACUUCAUUCGUGUCUAAUUAGAUUUUAUCUGAUUAUGGAACAAAAUAAAAAGACGUGGGAUGAAGUUGUCUCAUCAGUUAUUUUCCAAGAAUCGGAACAUUUUUAUCGCGGAAAAGACGCGAAACAACUCAAUAAAGAAUUUAUGGAUUCAAAUUCAAAUAGUUUACCAGCUACAUUUGAAGCUUGUAAAAUAAUGUAUUUAUUGGAUGGUAAAACAUCGAACAUCGCUUUAAAAUUUAUUACCGAUUUAGAUACUAAUAAAUACACUGAUAUAAGUAUAGAAAUUUGUACUGAUAUUUUAAAUUCUUUAAAACGAGGAGAUUUCGGUAGAUGUGACGAUGAAGUGGAAAGCUACAUCGAAAAGUGCCAUAAAAUGUUUCCUUACAGUGUGGUGUUUCGGCCCCCGGGCGAAUCGACUUCUUCACCUGGAGUUACGGAAAAGAUUUUAUUGUCGACUUCGACUGAAGAAAUAAACGCGAACGCAACCUGUUGACAAAUUCUCGCGUGCAAAAACAAACACGUUCUUUAUGACAUUGUAAUUUUAUAAUUUGCCAUAAAGGAAGAAAAAGGUGUUAAUUUUUUUUUCUCCUCAGUUUUGUUUUCUUUAAUUAUUUUCUUCCAAGUGACAACAACAAAUUAUUAGGAUUUUAUUUGCGUUCUGUAAUUUAUUAAGUUUAACAACAGGUUGGAAUUGAUACUGGAAAGUUUGACUCAUGUGCGUGAAAAA